CGUUUUGCGGAAGUGAAUGAAAAACAGUCAUAAGACCCGCAGAAAAUCAAGGAAACGGCACCGCGACAUGGAUGAACACCCACGGACACUGUGAAUCACCCACUCCACGCGCGACAGGAAGCGGCCUGAAGCGGCGGCGGGACGCGGUGAAUUAGCAGCUAGCAGCGGGGGUCUGGCUGCCCGGGAGGAGCCGCUUCUGGUCGGUGUGUCUGCGGCGGUGGAGCCGCUCCGCCCGCAGAUGGAGGAGAUCAGAGGCUCUCCGGACUACAGCUGGUUCCGGAGCACCGUUCCUCUGAAGAGGAUCAUUGUUGACGACGAUGACAGCAAGGUGUGGUCCCUGUACGACGCCGGCCCAAAGAGCAUCCGCUGUCCCAUCAUCUUCCUCCCCCCCGUCAGUGGCACUGCAGAGGUGUUCUUCCAGCAGGUUCUGGCGCUGACCGGCUGGGGUUACAGAGUCAUCUCGCUGCAGUAUCCUGUGUACUGGGACCUCAUGGAGUUCUGUGAUGGCUUCCGGAAGCUUCUGGAUCACCUCCAACUGGACAAGGUCCACCUGUUCGGAGCGUCUUUGGGAGGAUACCUGGCUCAGAAGUUUGCAGAAUUCACCCACAAGUCUCCCAGAGUCCACUCUCUGAUCCUGUGUAACUCGUUCAGUGACACCUCCAUAUUCAACCAGACAUGGACAGCAAACAGUUUCUGGCUCAUGCCAGCGUUCCUACUGAAGAAGAUCGUCCUGGGAAACUUUGCUAAAGGACCCGUCGACCCUAAGAUGGCGGAUGCAAUCGACUUCAUGGUCGACCGGCUGGAGACUCUGAACCAAAGCGAGCUAGCUUCCAGGCUAACGCUAAACUGUCAGAACUCGUAUGUCGAGCCUCACAAAAUAAAAGAUGUUGCUGUGACCAUCAUAGAUGUGUUUGACCAGAGCGCCCUCUCCCUGGAGGCCAAAGAAGAGAUGUAUAAACUGUAUCCCAACGCUAGAAGAGCGCAUCUGAAGACCGGAGGCAAUUUCCCGUAUCUGUGCCGCAGCGCUGAGGUCAACCUCUACAUUCAGAUCCACCUGCGUCAGUUCCAUGGAACCAGGUACGCGGCGAUAGACCCUGCCAUGAUCAGCGCCGAGGAGCUGGAAGUCCAGCGGAGCCACCUGAGCUACAACCAGGAGGCAGAAGACAACCAGUGAGCCGAAGUCUCCCUGAUCCUCUGGACGCUCAUUUCACAUCAGGCUCCAACGGUUUUCUCUGUGGGGUCUGACAGUCAAUCAGCAACUCAACUGAGAGUGUUUUUAUUUGUCAGAUGAAGCAAUAUUUUCCUAAUGAAAUGUGGUACAUUACCGCCGCGUCGCUUUAAAAACCAUACGCAACACUUUGCCUUAUGUGGAUUGAUUUUUGCACCCAUGAACUGCCUGAACUGUGUGUUUUUUAAAAGGGGGAACAGGUUGGAACAACUGCUUAUACAAAAACACGCUGUACAUCUGACAGUUUACCUAAAUGAAUUUCAAUUUUGUUUUGUCUUUUUUUUGGAAUACAGUUUUUCUUUUU